GGGAUCAUGGCCCAGGUAGCGAUGUCUACCCUGCCCGUUGAAGAUGAGGAGUCUUCGGAGAGCAGGAUGGUGGUGACCUUCCUCAUGUCUGCCCUCGAGUCCAUGUGUAAGGAGCUGGCCAAGUCCAAGGCGGAAGUGGCCUGCAUCGCGGUAUACGAGACAGACGUGUUUGUGGUCGGAACCGAGAGGGGUCGUGCUUUCGUCAACUCCAGAAAGGAUUUCCAGAAAGAUUUUGUAAAAUACUGUGUUGAAGAAGAAGAAAAGGCAGCCGAGAUGCAUAAGAUGAAGUCCACACCUCAGGCCAGCCGGAUGAGUGUGGACGCCGUAGAGAUCGAGACGCUCAGGAAAACAGUUGAGGACUAUUUCUGCUUUUGCUAUGGGAAAGCCUUAGGCAAAUCCACGGUGGUGCCUGUCCCGUAUGAGAAGAUGCUUAGAGACCAGUCGGCUGUGGUAGUGCAGGGCCUUCCAGAGGGAGUCGCCUUCAAACACCCUGAAAAUUAUGACCUUGCAACCCUGAAAUGGAUUUUGGAGAACAAAGCAGGGAUUUCCUUUAUCAUCAAGAGACCCUUCCUAGAGCCAAGGAAACACCUGGGUGGUCGUGUGAUGGUAACAGAUGCUGAAAGGUCCCUGUUGUCUCCAGGUGGAAGUUGUGGCCCCAUCAAAGUGAAAACGGAGCCCACAGAAGAUUCUGGCAUUUCUCUGGAAAUGGCAGCUGUGACGGUCAAGGAGGAGUCAGAAGACCCUGACUACUAUCAGUACAACGUCCAAGGAAGCCAUCACUCUUCGGAAGGCAACGAGGGAACAGAAAUGGAGGUGCCUGCAGAAGAAUUUUAUUUUUUUCAAGAUUCUACUCAACAUGUCCCUUCAGAAACAAGUGAGGACCCUGAAGUUGAGGUGACUAUUGAAGAUGAUGAUUACUCUCCACCCACCAAGAGACCAAAGAGCAACGAGCCUCCACAGCCACCUGUCGCAGAGCCUGCAAAUGCCGGGAAGCGGAAAGUGAGGGAGUUCAAUUUCGAGAAAUGGAACGCGCGAAUUACUGAUCUACGUAAACAAGUUGAAGAGUUGUUUGAAAGAAAAUACGCUCAAGCAAUAAAAGCCAAAGGUCCGGUGACGAUCCCAUACCCUCUUUUCCAGUCUCAUGUUGAAGAUCUUUAUGUAGAGGGACUUCCCGAAGGAAUUCCUUUCAGAAGGCCGUCUACGUAUGGAAUUCCUCGACUCGAGAGGAUAUUGCUUGCAAAGGAAAGGAUUCGUUUUGUGAUCAAGAAACACGAGCUCCUGAACUCCACGCGGGAAGACCUGCAGCUCGACAAACCCGCGUCCGGAGUCAAAGAAGAGUGGUAUGCCAGAAUCACUAAGCUAAGAAAGAUGGUAGAUCAACUUUUCUGCAAAAAGUUUGCUGAGGCCUUGGGGAGCACUGAAGCCAAGGCUGUACCGUACCAAAAAUUUGAGGCGCAUCCUAAUGACCUCUAUGUGGAAGGGCUACCAGAAAACAUUCCUUUUAGAAGUCCCUCUUGGUAUGGAAUCCCAAGGCUGGAGAAAAUCAUUCAAGUGGGCAAUCGGAUAAAAUUUGUUAUUAAAAGACCAGAACUGCUGACUCAUAGUACAACUGAAGUCACUCAGCCAAGAACCAACACUCCAGUCAAAGAAGAUUGGAAUGUUAGAAUUACCAAGCUACGGAAGCAAGUAGAAGAGAUUUUUAAUUUGAAAUUUGCUCAAGCUCUUGGACUUACAGAGGCAGUGAAAGUACCAUAUCCUGUGUUCGAAUCCAACCCGGAGUUCCUCUAUGUGGAGGGUUUGCCAGAAGGAAUUCCCUUCCGAAGUCCCACCUGGUUUGGAAUUCCUCGACUUGAAAGGAUCGUCCGUGGGAGCAAUAAAAUUAAGUUUGUUGUUAAAAAACCUGAGCUGGUCGUUUCUUACCUGCCUCCUGGAAUGGCCGGCAAAGUAAACACUAAAGCAUUGCAGUCCCCUAAAAGACCACGGAGCCCUGGAAGUAACUCAAAGGUUCCUGAAAUUGAGGUCACGGUGGAAGGCUCUAACAACAAUAAUCCUCAGACCUCUGCCGUUCGAACUCCCACCCAGACUAAUGGCUCCAAUGUUCCCUUCAAGCCUCGUGGGAGAGAGUUUUCCUUUGAGGCCUGGAACGCCAAGAUCACGGACCUGAAGCAGAAGGUCGAGAAUCUUUUCAAUGAAAAAUGCGGUGAAGCUCUUGGCCUUAAGCAGGCGGUGAAGGUGCCGUUUGCAUUGUUCGAGUCUUUCCCGGAGGACUUCUAUGUGGAAGGCCUACCCGAGGGCGUGCCCUUCCGAAGGCCCUCUACCUUUGGCAUUCCGAGGCUGGAGAAGAUACUGCGCAACAAGGCCAAGAUCAAAUUCAUCAUUAAGAAACCAGAGAUGUUUGAGACGGCGAUCAAGGAGAGUACCUCCUCCUCCAAGAGCCCGCCCAGAAAAAUAAAUUCGUCACCCAAUGUUAACACAACUGCGUCAGGUGUGGAGGAUCUGAACAUCAUUCAAGUGACAAUUCCAGAUGAUGACAAUGAGAGACUGUCAAAAGUUGAGAAAGCAAGACAGCUGCGCGAGCAAGUGAACGACCUCUUCAGUCGGAAAUUCGGCGAAGCUAUCGGCAUGGGCUUCCCUGUGAAGGUGCCCUACAGGAAGAUUACCAUCAACCCUGGGUGCGUGGUGGUGGAUGGCAUGCCCCCCGGGGUGUCCUUCAAAGCCCCCAGCUACCUGGAGAUAAGCUCCAUGAGGAGGAUCUUAGAUUCUGCUGAGUUCAUCAAGUUCACAGUCAUUAGACCAUUUCCUGGACUCGUGAUUAAUAACCAGUUGGUUGAUCAGAACGAGUCAGAAGGCCCUGUGAUCCAAGAAUCAGCUGAGCCAAGCCAGUUGGAAGUACCAGCAACAGAAGAAAUUAAGGAGACUGACGGAAACUCUCAGAUCAAGCAAGAACCAGAUCCCACGUGGUAGACCUCUUCCCUCCCAGGCUUAAGGUGUCAGUGGUUGAGAAGAGCUUUUUGGACCUGUUACUGCCCCAAGCUGUGUAAUAUACUUGUAUAACAGAAAUACCUUCUAUACAAACCUUUUUUUCUACUUUUAGAUAGAAAUGUCUACUUUUUCAGCAGUUCUGUGAAUUGAAUUAAAGAGCAGAGUGACUGUAGAUUUGGAAUGGCUGGUUUACUUUGGAAUGUAUAUUAAGGAUUUCAGCAAUGCUGGGAACACGACAGGGAAAUGACAGGGACGACUCUCAGCAGAUAUUUGGACGUAUCCAGCAGAGCCUUCGGCGUGGUGUGUAUUUUCCAGUUGAGAGAAGAUAUCUCCUACGGGAACAUCUCAGCUUCUGCAGCGAAGAAAAUUCCUGUGAUAGUCAGUUCUUUAGUUUUUCUAUUGGAAGAAUCAUUUAAAUGCUCCUUGUUCACUGCUGUCCUUGAAGGCCGAGUGAACAGUAGUCAUCUGUAUAUUUGACUAGACCUUUUCCUAAGCUAUCUAUCAUGGUUCCUGCGUUUUUAUCAUAAUGAAGAGAACCACCGUGUGGACGCCUGACGGUCGGUGAGAGGCCCAGCGUGGGUGGACGGCCUGCAGAUCCCUCUUCCACUUCUACGCUUCGUCCAAAGCGUAGCCUGGGAGUCAGGGUUGGGUCUGAGCGCUCAGGCGAGCCGCGCCUCAGAAUCUGUGGCGUGGGCUGUCACCGUCUGUCAUUUUCUAAUUCUGCGUGGGACACUGAGGCACCAGUGGGCAGCAGGGCCAGCAAGUUGAUUGAUUCUGCACCCUUGCUAUUCUGCGCCAUACGUAGGAGAGUCCUGGUGUGGGGGGAGUUCACAGACAGUGGGUCUCGAUGCCGGCUGUGGAGCUGGAGGCGGGGAGGCAUAGCGCUCUCUUUACUUAUCACGAUGUUCACAUGGAGAAUCAUAUACACGGUAGCAAAAUAGGCAUUUUUAUGUGUUGCUUAUAUUUUACCUCAAAUUAAAUUGUAGAUAUAGGGUAAUAAAUAAAAUCCAUCCAUGCCUUUCACUCACCCCCUUA